AUGGUGCUUUACAAAGGACCGCGGCUGCUGGAGUUUGCAAAGACCCCUACACAUCUUCAGUUUAACAAAUAUGUCCUGACUGGUUACAGGCCGGUGUCCACGGCUCAGGAGUGCAUGAGAAGCCUCUUCUACAUGCACAAUGAACUAGGGAACAUCUACUCUCAUGGAAUCCCCUUUUUCCUUUUCUUGGUGCUGCUGCCUUUCAGUAUCCCCUGGGAGGAGGUGGACAGCGUCUGGAUCUGCGUGGUCCACUACCUGGCCUGUCUCUGCCCCACAGUGGGCUCAGUGGUCUAUCAUGUGUUCAUGAACCAUGUGGGAGGCGAGCAUGUGUAUGACACCCUGCUCUCCCUGGACAUGUUUGGUGUCUGUCUUGUUAACACUCUCGGGGCUCUUCCCAUCAUCCACAUCACCCUCCUCUGUUACCCGACCAUACGACAAGCGGCCCUGCUCUCUUACAUCCUCCUGUCCACCUAUGGCAUCUACUGCGCCACUACAGCCCGCACCAACGUCCUGCGUCUGCGAGCAUUCGUGUGGCAGGCCCUGUUCCGCUUCACCCUCUUCUUGUUCAGGGUGUUUGGCAGCGGGGUGGGCAGCCCUAACUCCCUGCGCCUCUUUGUCAUCAUGGACACCCUGGCUGUACUGGGAGGACUGGUUAACAUUAUCCAGAUCCCUGAGCGAUUUGUCCCAGGCCUUUUCGACAACUGGGGAAACAGCCAUCAGAUCAUGCAUGUCAUGGUCAUUUGCUCCAUUAUCUACCUGCACUGGGGCACACUGGAGGAUUUAGCCUGGAUUAAGACCUACCAGUGUCCUACUGAGUGA